CCACGAGGAAGAAGAAGCAGAUCGGGGGGAAAAUGAAGACGCUGAUUUGUCAAAUUACAAGAGUAACAUGGGUCACCACAGCAGCAGCUUUAACUCCUUGGUGCUUCCAGUUAUGAUUGGUUGCCUUGCUGCUUUGAUGCUCAGCAGUGCCUUCAUAUACCUGUACCUGGAUGCUGUGUAUCAGUCGGAGGAGCAGCUGGUGAACACACACUCCGGCUGUCUCCCUCAACACUUUAAACUGCCGGUCAUGAAGAACUGUAGCCCCUGGCUCCAGUGCUCACAGAUUGAAUCAGAAGUACGCAAGAUAAAGGUGAUUGGCCUGGGAGCUGUGAAGAAGGUCUAUCUGGCAGAAUGGAGAGGUCAUAAGGUGGCUCUGUCUGAACUGGCCUCUCUGGAAUACCGAGAAGAUUUUCUCCAUGGACUGUCGAUGUUACUGGACCUUCAGGGCCCACAGGUGGUGCAGUUGGUGGGGUUUUGCCUUGAAGACAACAUUAUAGUUACCCAGCACCAUCCACACGGCUCUCUGCUAAACCUAGAAGACGUUCUGGCACAGCAGAAAUACCAGCAUCUAAACACUUGGCACUUCCGGCUGAGACUGGCCACAGACUACGUCUCCAUCCUCCAUUACCUUCACAACAGCCCUGCUGGGCGGCGGGUCAUGUGUGACUCCAACAGCCUGGAGAAAACCCUUUCACAGGUCCUGCUGACGAAUGACUUCCACCUGGUGGUGAACGAUCUGGACGCUCUGCCCCAAGUAGACGCAUCUAAGGGCGUCCUGGUGAAAUGCGGCAGCCGAGAGCUCACUGGAGACUUCGUGGCCCCAGAGCAGCUUUGGCCCUUCAGAGACAGUGGGCAGCCAUUUUCAGAUGAUCUCAUGCCAAAGUACGAUGAAAAGACAGAUAUCUGGAAGAUUCCAGAUUUGACACAGUUCAUAAUGGGAAGGACUUCAGGUGGAGAUUUAGUUCAUUUUCAUCUUUUUCAGAUCCAUAAGGAAUGCAAAAAUGUGGACCCUAAACUCCGGCCUUCUGCUCUUGAUGUUUUGAAGGCAUAUAAAUCAGUCUACAGUGCAAUUGUACGAGAAACAUCUGGACACAGAGACAUGCUGUAGGAUCACUCUCUGAGCAACGUGUAGCUGAGUAGACAGAAAAUACAACAUAAAAUGUGAUGGUUACAAAAAUUUCAGACAAAAUUUUAGACAAAAGGAAAGGGACUGAAAAAAACCCAGAUGAUGACUUCUUUUGUUUAGACAAAAGGUAUUUUCACAAUUUAUAGAUUCAGUUUGAUUGAGAACUAAAAUUACAACAUUUGUUACAGUUGGUGGGACUGUCCACCUCCUCGCCUGUGUAGCCGCUGCACCAAGAACCGCUGAAGAAGACAUUGAGCGCAAUUCUUGAAAAAGGAAGUUGCACUCAUGUUUUUUCAAAGGUUUUCAUGUCAUUACUUCAGUGGUUCUUGGUGCAGCAGGGAACAGGGUGGAACAGGUUGAUGGAUCAUUUGACACAAUGCAGUGAGAAAGAGAACCACAGCAGCUGGAAAUGGAACAAAUGUUGCAAUUUUUGUCCCCAACUGAAAUAAGUAUCAGACUAUCAGGUGUCAAAACACUCUAAAUUUGGAUUGGGACUGUGAGUUCAAAACGUUCACUUUUUAAUGUAUUUUUCUAGCCUGAAUAAAGGCAUCUGGUAAAAAGAUGUUCAUGAAUGUUCAGUGUUUGGUUCCAGUCAGACCGUCUUUAUAAAAAUACUCGAGUCAGAAGAUGUAGGAAACUGAUUUGCUAUUAAAUGUAACGUUUGAAUGCUUACUAAAAUAAACUUAAGCAAAACUCA